AUGAGCGUGGCAGGCGCUGCCUGGGCUGGGACGGCUCCCGUUCCUCGCCGCUUGAUAAGAUCCGCCUUUCAUUGCCCACAGCAUUCAAAUACUUUCACGCGCAAGGCUCAGACGAGGCCCUUCUCACAUUCUUCGGUUGUCAAGCGACGCCUUACUAGCUGCGGGUCCACAACGAAGCCUAUCUCCCGAAAACCUACUAUAUCUUCCACAUUCUUCCGCACGCAGUCCCAAAGUCGACCGUUUUCAGCGACAUCAUCUCAACAAGCCACGAAAGACCCUUAUGCUACCCUCGGAGUGGGAAAGAACGCAUCGUCUUCCGAAAUAAAAAAGGCUUACUAUGCGCUGGCCAAAAAAUAUCAUCCUGAUACGAACAAAGACCCCUCUGCAAAGGAAAAGUUCACCGACGCUCAAUCCGCCUAUGAAUUGUUGAACGACCCUCAAAAGAAGGCCACAUAUGAUCAGUAUGGCUCCGCUGCCUUUGAUCAAGGAGCAGGCUUCGACCCCAAUGCCGCGGGGGGAAACCCCUUUAGUGGUGCUGGUGGACCGUUUUCCGGGUUUGGUGGAGGUUUUGGCGCAGAGUUCAAUUUCGAGGAUCUUUUUGGAGCCUUCACGGGAGGUCGUGCCCGCGGCAGAAGAGGAGGGUUUCAGCAGGAAGAGGUUCUGCUGGGCGAGAAUAUAGAGGUGCAGACGAAUAUUUCGUUUAUGGAUGCCGCGAAAGGUGUGACCAAGAACAUCACCAUUACUCCACUGGUACAGUGCGGAACCUGCCACGGCAAUGGUCUUAAGCAGGGAGCUUCAAGGCAGACAUGCAAGAGCUGUGGGGGCACCGGGACUCGUGUCCAUGUCAUGCAGCAAGGAUUCCAGAUGCAGAGCACUUGCUCUGCCUGCUCAGGAAGCGGCCAGACAGUCCCGAGAGGAUCCGAAUGCAACACAUGCUCUGGAAAUGGUGUCGUGCGACAGCGUAAGACGAUACCUAUCGAAAUACCCCCUGGAGUUGAAGAUGCCAUGAGGAUGAGGGUCGUGGGUGAGGGUGACGCUGCACCUACCGGGCUGUCGCCAAAUCCAAAUGCUCGUUCACAAACCGGCGACCUAUUUGUCUUCAUCAGAGUCGCUCCGGAUGCUCGAUUCCGUCGCAACGGCGCCGAUGUGCUCUACACGGCCACGUUGCCGUUGACGACCGCCCUUCUAGGUGGUGAAGUCCAAAUACCUACACUUGAUGGAGAGGUCAAGGUCAAGGUUGCUACCGGUACCGGAACAGGCGACAAGAUUACUCUUCCUGGAAUGGGUAUGAAGCGACUCAGUGGAGGUGGUCGCAACUCUUCGGGGGAUCUCCGGGUAGAGUUCAAAGUCAACAUGCCGAAGUAUUGGAGCGCCAAUCAACGCACCAUCAUUGAAUUGCUGGCCGAUGAAAUGGAUGACAAAACCGCCAAGAGAAUCAUGAAUAUAACUCAAUACAAGCAGGAAGCGAAGGACAAGCCAUCAAAACCAUCCAACAAGGCAGAAGACCACAAGAAUGAAGGAUUCCUCAAAUCCGCGUGGCAUAAGCUCACCCAUCAGCAUGAUAGCCUUGAGUCCGAAACCAGCGACAAGAAUAAGGAACAUAAACCUCAAUCGAAAGAUGACGAGGAGCCGAAGAAAGCCUCUGGAUCAGGAUAA